GGAGGGUCCCCGGCUCCACGGGCCCGGCGCGGCCGCGCUCGGAUUAUGAGGGAGCCAUGAGCGCGCUGCGGGGCUGGCUGCUGGCCGCGCUGCUCUCGCUCGCCCCGCGGGCAGGCCCCGCCGCGCAGGCCGCCUCUCUGCAGCGGAGGUUCCCUCGGGCCGGAUGGCAGGACGGGUGGGUCGUCUCCCAAAUCACCCACCCCAGCAGGCUGGUGGGGCAGAGCUCGGGAGGAGAAAUCCAGAAGCACCAGCUGGAUACCAGGGUCAGGAAUGAGCCUGGAGGAGGAAGAGGAGGAGGAAGCCCCGGGCUGCACCUGGCGCGGGUGAGCUUCAUGGUGCGUGCCUUCGGCUCGGCCUUCACCCUUGACCUCCAGCUGAACCACCACCUCCUCGCCUCCCACUACGUGGAGCGGCACGUCGGCGUGGGCAGCAACGGCAGCCACAGCACGGGUGCAGGGGAGCACUGCUACUACCAGGGCCGGAUCCGAGGGCAGCCCCGCUCCUUCGUGGCUCUCUCCAGCUGCCAGGGCCUGCGCGGGGUCUUCUCAGACGGCCGGGCCACUUACCUGAUCGAGCCCCAGGUGGGCGCCGAGCACGGGCAGGGCCUGCAGCCACACGUCAUCCAGCGCGUCCCCAGCUGCGCCCAACCGGGCUGCCUCUUCCCCACGCUGAAUCCACGUGUCACGGGCGGGUUACCAAAGCGGCGGCGGCGGCGGCAGGUACGCCGAGCCCAGCACACGGUUCACAGCGAGACCAAGUACAUCGAGCUGGCGGUGGUGAACGACCACCAGCUGUUCCUGCAGCUCCGCAAGUCCGUGGUUCUCACCAGCAACUUUGCCAAGUCCGUGGUCAACCUGGCUGACAUGAUCUACAAGGAGCAGCUCAACACCCGCAUCGUGCUGGUGGCCAUGGAGACGUGGGCCUCGGAGGAUCGGAUCCGGAUGGGGGAAGAUUCCCUGGAGACCCUGAACGAGUUCGUGAAGUACCGGCGCGAGGGGCUGGCGGAGCAGAGCGACACCGUCCACCUGUUCUCGGGUCGGACGUUUCAGAGCAGCCGCAGCGGCACCGCCUUUGUGGGGGGCAUCUGCUCACCUGCUCGCGCCGGGGGCGUCAACGAGUACGGCAACGUGGCGGCCAUGGCGGUGACGCUGGCGCAGACGCUGGGGCAGAACGUGGGCAUGAUGUGGAACAAGCACCGCGCGGCGGCAGGGGACUGCCGCUGUCCAGACUCGUGGCUGGGCUGUAUCAUGGAGGACACAGGGUACUACCUCCCACGGAAGUUCUCCCGCUGCAGCAUCGACGAGUACAACCAGUUCCUGCAGGAUGGUGGCGGCAGCUGCCUCUUCAACAAACCCCUGAAGCUCCUGGACCCUCCGGAGUGCGGCAACGGCUUUGUGGAGGCGGGAGAGGAGUGUGACUGCGGCUCGCUGGCGGAGUGCGCGAAGAGCGGGGGCAACUGCUGCAAGAAGUGCACGCUGACCCACGACGCCAUGUGCAGCGACGGGCUCUGCUGCAAAGGCUGCAAGUACGAGCCGCGCGGCGUGUCCUGCCGGGAGGCCGUGAACGAGUGCGACAUCCCCGAGAGCUGCACCGGGGACUCCAGCCAGUGUCCCCCCAACCUCCACAAGCUGGACGGCUACUUCUGUGAAAAUGAGCAGGGACGAUGCUACGGCGGGCGCUGCAAAACCAGAGACCGGCAGUGCAACGCGCUGUGGGGCCGUGGCUCGGCUGAGCGCUUCUGCUACGAGAAGCUCAACGUAGAGGGGACUGAGAGGGGCAACUGCGGGCGCGAGGGCCUGGGCUGGCUGCAGUGCAACAAGCAGGACGUCCUCUGUGGCUUCCUCCUCUGCGCCAACAUCUCGGGCGCACCCCGGCUGGGCGAGCUCAGCGGCGAGAUCGCCGCCACCACCUUCUUCCACCAAAACCGCUAUGUGGACUGCAGGGGAGGCCACGUGCAGCUGGUGGACGGCUCGGACCUGAGCUACGUGGAGGACGGGACGCCCUGCGGCCCCGGCAUGCUGUGUCUCGACCACAAAUGCCUUCCAGCCACAGCCUUUAACUUCAGCUCCUGCCCUGGCAGCUGGGAUGGGAAGAUCUGCUUUGACCACGGGGUUUGCAGCAACGAGGGCAAGUGCAUCUGCCGCGCCGAGUGGACGGGGAAGGACUGCAGCGUCUACGACCCCAUCCCUGAGCCGAAGCCGACGGGGGAGACGGAGCGAUACAAGGGUCCCAGUGGCACCAAUAUCAUUAUCGGCUCCAUCGCGGGGGCCGUGCUGGUGGCUGCCAUCGUCCUAGGGGGGACAGGCUGGGGAUUUAAGAACAUCCGCCGAGGAAGGUACGACCCGGCGCAGCAGGGAGUGUAACCGCCCCCCCCCAUCGUCUCGUCACCGUCACUGUCACCGUCAGGGUCUGGCAGCCUGACGGCGUGGGAGCCCCCCUGGGCCGGGCCCGUCUGUCCGUGUCGCUGUGUGUCCGGCCGUGCUGUCUCCAUCUCUGUGGUCCCCACAGCUGAAAAGAGAUGGCCGUUGGGGGGGGGCCUGGCAGCGGCCCCCCCCGGUGCUGGCUCUUUUCAGCUCAGUGUGCCCCCCCCAUGUGUGCCCCCCCGUGUCACAGCCCCACACUAAACACACCCCACUUCUGUGUUACAGGUCUGGGGGGGCCUGAGCGUGGGCCUCUGCCCCACGCCCCCCCCCCCCCCCCAGCGCCUCAUUAACAGCAAUUAAAUGGGGCGCCACUGCCGAGAGUCCGGCCAAGGAGGAGAGCGGGGGGGGCACCCGGGACCCCCCCCCCGACCCCCACCACGCCACCACGAAUGUAUGGGCUCCCCCGGCCCUGCCCCGGGGCUGGCGCCACUCCCGGCAUGGGAUGAAUGUACCUGUGGGGGUGAGCGGGGACCCCCCCCAGCCCCACAUCCCCCCUUCCAGCAUCUUCCAGCUUUGGGGCCUGGGUCCCCCAGAUGGCAGGCCAGUAUAUCCCAGUACAAGGCCAGUAUACCCCAGUACCAGGCCAGUACCCCCCCCCGUGCAGGACCUGGGGGUUGUGUGUCCCCCCCCCCACCCAGAUGCCACGUUUGGAGUGGGGUCCCUGGGGGCUGGGUCAGCACCCCAACAUGUGACACCCCCCCUCAAAAGCAGCUCUGCAGCCCCCAGUGUGGGGCAAGUCUCCCCAAACUACCCCCCUCCCCCAACUGUCAUGGCUGCACCCUCCCAGCCAUGGGACCCCCCCCAUGUCCCCAGCAAUGGGGACUGGCACCCAUGGGUGGCAGGUUCUCCCUCCAGGGGCUGUCCCCCCUUCCCCAGCUCAGGCAGGUGAACCCAAACUGGUGGCUCUGGUGCUGGUGGGGGGAGCAGGUGGCAGCAGGGCCCACCUUGGUGGGGCCGGGGGGCAGGGGGCUGCUCUGUGGGUGGCACGUGUCACCCCAGCACCGUGGCAGGCUGGUGGCACCUGUCCCCAGGGCAGCUGCUGGGUGCCCCCCCAUCCCCAGGCCGGGGGGUGGGAUGUGUCACGCCCUCCCCACGGCACACACCACGUGUCACCCUGCAUGGGGCGGCUCUGCAGGGCCACCCAACCCACGGAGCACCAGGGCCCACACGCGCUCCUUCCACCACUGGUGACACCCAGCAUCGGGACGAGGGGACACAUACCCCAGGUAACUGUGUGUGUAUGGGGGUGACACACAGCGCUGGGGGGGACCCCUAAGCCCAUGGUGGGGUGAGGGUGUCCCUCCCAUCCUCUCCCUCGCCCAGCGUCCCUGCCUGCCGCCUCUGCCAUGGAGGCAGGGGGUGACCAGCAGUGUCCCCAAGCCCAGCCAGGGCCGAGGUGUGCGGUGGCCCCAGCGUGGUGUGACAGCCCAGCACCCAUGGGUGCCUUGGCUGUGGCAGCACCAGACGGGACAGGGCACUGCCGUGCCAGGGUGGGGGGAGGUGACAGCAGGACCGGGGGUGGCUGGACAUCCCCAGGCUUGGCUUUGCUGGGGGCUUCUUGCACAGCCUAUCAGCCAGGUGUCCCACGGCGAUGGGCUGGGGGAUGCGGGGACCUGGGGACACCCUGGGCACAGGGGGCCUGGACCAAACCCACCCCCGCCCAAUCUCUAGCACUGUCACCACAAUGUCCCCUCAGCUGUCACAGCCACAGUGCCAGGGUGGUCCCCACAGCGGUGGGCCACCCCUGUUCCAGAGCAAGACGCCACCAUUGUCACUGCAUUUGGGGACAUCAAUAUAUAUAUAUAAAUAUAGGGUUUUUUCUUAAUGAUUUUAAUGCUGUAAGGUCAAGCGGUGCCGCUGGUGCCACCAUGGACGUGCCAGGGAGGGCCCGUGGCUGGGACGGGGGGGUGCACCCGGUGCUUCCAGAGCCAAGCGAGCAGAACCCCCUCCCCAGACCCCCCCCGCCCCCGGCAGGCUAAGCCAGCGGGCCCCGUCCCGGCACGCGGCAGGGGACAAGCACACCACGGCGGUGGCAAACCCCCGCCCCGCCAACUCACCGCCGCCGCGCCGCCAUCCCGCACUGCCUCGCUCCGCGCUACCGCCCACAGCCGGGACGGGGCCCUGGGUCGUGGGGUGGGGGCUUCACCGCCCACCUUGACCGCCUGCGCCGCGUCCCGUGCUCCCGCUUUGCACGCGCUGGGGAGCCGCUGCCGCCACUGCCGGAGCCGCCGUGGCCGGAGGUGCCGCGCGCUCCUCGCUGGCCCCGGCUCCAGCCCCCGGGAAGCCUCCUGCAAUGUCGCAGAAUUUAUUUACAAUAAAGAGUUGGAAAAUGA